AUGGACCCGCUCGCCCACAUCGAGGUCAAGGGCGUCCUUAGCAUCCUGCCCAGGACGAGGCGCAACGGCUCCAGCGUUUUCGGCCGCGACAACCGGGCGUUCGGCUCGUGGGCCAACCAGCGCGCCAGCGACUUGGCCCCGAGUUGGGCCACCGCUUCUUACGAUCAGAAGGAGUACUUCCGGCGCCACAUCCAGCACAUCGCCAACCAGCUUCUGGGCGAGGACACGCACGAGCGAUACGAGAUUGGCGAGCUCCUGCCACGCGUCGAGACGAUGCGCGAGUGGCUCCACGCAGGCGCAGCCGCCCCGUCCUCCUCGAACCCUCAAGACUCGAGCGUCGACUUCCGCGGCACCUUUCCCCCUUUUCACGGCAGUCUCGAGACCGGCCAGGAGGCCACGCCGUCCAGCGACAGGGCGACGCUUGUGCACUUGCUCCAGUCGAUCGUCCAGUCGACGACGCCGUCGGGCGAGCCCCUCCCGAUCCUCCAGUGGCGGACGCGCGCAGCCGAGUCGCUCGCCCAACUUUGGGAGACGACGCAGCCUGCACGACGUGUCCAGUUUGCGAAUCGGCUGCAGGAGCUCAACAGGCGCCUGCAGAACGGGCAGAUCUUGCUCCCGGCCGACCUCCCGUCCAUUCCUCUCAUGCACGACUUCCUGUCGCCGCCUCAGAUGCUCGAACCGCGCUGGACCGGCGGUCCGCGGGCUGGCCACCCGUGGCACUCGCUCGCCAAGGCGACUCGUGCCGGCGACGGUCGUCGCUCAAGCUCUCAUCGCAGCACGGCAACGCGCAAAAACGGCGAGGACGAGACGAGCCCGUUCUGGCCUGCACGUCGGUCCGCCUACUGA